AUGGCAGACAAUGACUUGAAACGGAAAGUUGAUAAUUUGAAGGAGGGAAAUGAGGUAUUGGCACUUGCCAUACAACGCACACGACUCUCCGUUAAGCGUCUUAAGUUGGAGUACAGUGUACUGCUUGAGAGGUUAGAAACAAGAGUGGAAUCAGAUCCAGAACUGCGCUAUCAAAACCCACUGCCAUCUUUAGAAUCGUUCAAGAAAGAGUUAUUGAUGAAACCGCAUAAAAAAUCGAAGAAUAAAAGACAAAAGGCAAAACAUAGGGAUCCAAACAUGCCUAAAAGACCGACAAAUGCUUAUUUAAUCUUUUGUGAAAUGAACAAAGAAAAAAUGAGGGAAAACGGCUCUCAAGAUGUCACACGGGAUUUAACGGAAGCUUGGAAAAGCUUAAGUGAAGAUGACAGGAAACCAUACUAUGAACUGUAUAACGAAGAUCGAGAAAGAUACCACAAGGAAAUGGAAAUAUACUCAUCGAGAACCGGCGAUGCAAGAAACAAUGAAGAUGGAGAAGGAGCAGAGGGAGAAGAAGAAGAAAGAGUGAGUGAGGAAAUUAAACGUGAAGAAGAAGAAGAAGAUGAUGAGGAGGUUGAAGAAGAAGAAGAAGAAGAAGAAGAUCUUGGUGAGGAAGAAGAAGAAAGAUAUCCUGAAUCAGAAAUAACACAGCUAGAGGAGGAAGAAGACGAAGAUGAAGAAGGAGAAGAUGAGAGUGCAGACGUACUAACAAGCGAGAUAUAG